CCCGGGGUUGAGCGCUUGGCUGUGCGCGUCCGUCGACCGACAGAGUUGUGUUUCGGUACCGACAGAAAUCGGAUCCCCGUCGCGCCGGAUUGCGUGUGGACAUGGCCGACCCAGCGGCGGGGCUCCAUGAGGGGGCCGCUCGGGGCUUCGCCCGGCAGGGAGCGCUCCGGCAGAAGAACGUGCACGAAGUGAAGGACCACAAGUUCAUUGCGCGCUUCUUCAAGCAGCCGACCUUCUGCAGCCACUGCACCGACUUCAUCUGGGGUUUUGGCAAGCAGGGCUUCCAGUGCCAAGUUUGCUGUUUUGUGGUGCACAAGCGCUGCCAUGAGUUCGUCACGUUCUCGUGUCCGGGAGCCGAUCAGGGACCGGCGUCAGACGAUCCCCGCAGUAAACACAGAUUUAAGGUGCACACCUACUCCAGUCCCACAUUCUGUGAUCACUGUGGCUCUCUACUGUAUGGACUCUUACACCAGGGAAUGAGAUGUGACAACUGUAUGAUGAACAUUCAUAAGCGAUGCGUGACCAACGUGCCGAGCCUGUGUGGGACGGAUCACACAGAAAGAAGAGGACGACUGCACAUCAUCGCUGCAAUUAAAGACAGCACGCUUACCGUAACCAUCCGGGAUGCUCGCAACUUGGUGCCCAUGGACCCGAACGGCUUGUCGGACCCGUACGUGAAGCUCAAGCUGGUUCCCGACCCCAAGAGUGAAAGCAAGCAGAAAACUAAAACCAUCAAGUGUUCGCUCAACCCCACCUGGAACGAAACCUUUACAUUCAACUUGCGGGAUACAGAUAAGGACAGGCGUUUGUCAGUGGAGAUCUGGGACUGGGAUCUGACCAGCAGGAAUGACUUCAUGGGCUCUCUCUCUUUUGGAAUCUCCGAGCUUCAGAAGCAAGGGGUCAGCGGCUGGUUUAAGUUGUUGAGCCAGGAAGAAGGCGAAUAUUUCAAUGUCCCGGUCCAGCUGGACGGCGAAGAGGGCAGCGAGGAACUACGGCAGAAAUUUGAGAGAGCUCUGAUUGGUCCAGGCAACAAAAACACAGACAGCUCGACGUCCAACGAUAUCUCCAAAUACGACGCCAACGGCAACCAGGAUCACGUGAAGCUCUCCGAUUUUAAUUUCAUCAUGGUCCUGGGAAAAGGCAGCUUCGGCAAGGUGAUGCUGUCCGAGCGUAAAGGGACGGAUGAACUGUACGCGGUGAAGAUCCUGAAGAAGGACGUGGUGAUCCAGGACGACGACGUGGAGUGCACCAUGGUGGAGAAGAGAGUUCUAGCGCUUUCUGGGAAGCCGCCCUUCCUGACCCAGCUGCACUCCUGCUUUCAGACCAUGGACCGGCUAUAUUUUGUGAUGGAGUAUAUCAACGGUGGAGACCUGAUGUACCACAUCCAGCAAGUAGGGAAAUUUAAGGAGCCCCAUGCUGUGUUCUAUGCUGCAGAGAUUGCCAUUGGUUUAUUCUUCCUUCACUUAAAGGGAAUCAUUUACAGAGAUCUGAAGCUGGAUAACGUGAUGCUGGACUCCGAGGGCCACAUUAAAAUCGCAGACUUCGGUAUGUGCAAGGAGAACAUGGUAGACGGCAUCACCACUAAAACCUUCUGCGGAACUCCGGACUACAUCGCGCCCGAGAUCAUCGCUUAUCAACCUUACGGGAAGUCCGUGGAUUGGUGGGCCUACGGAGUUCUGCUUUAUGAAAUGCUGGCGGGGCAGCCUCCAUUCGAUGGUGAAGAUGAAGAUGAGCUCUUCCAGUCCAUCAUGGAACACCACGUGUCCUACCCAAAAUCCAUGUCGAAGGAGGCCGUCGCCAUAUGCAAGGGUUUGAUGACCAAGCAUCCGGGGAAGCGUCUGGGCUGCGGUCCGGAGGGCGAGCAGGACAUCAAAGAGCACGCGUUCUUCCGCUACAUGGACUGGGAGAAACUACAGAACAAAGAGGUUCAACCGCCGUUCAAACCCAAAGCAAAAAACCAGCGUGACACUGGGAACUUCGAUAAGGAAUUCACCAAGAUGGCAGUUGAGCUGACCCCGACCGAUAAACUCUUCAUCAUGAACUUGGACCAGAACGAGUUCCAAGGUUUUUCCUACACCAACCCAGAGUUCGUCAUCCAGGUGUAACACCAGCCGAGCAUUAGAAUCCCUCCCACCCGUCCGGGCGGAGAAGACCUGCCUUUUCUUUCUGAUCUCGUUUUGAUCUCGUGAGUUUUAUUGUCCUCUGUCCUCAGUAUCGGAUUCACAGUUGACCUCAACGUUUCCAGACACUUGUAAGGUUCAGCGGCAUUGUGGGGUCCAAACUGAAAAGCGUAGAGUAAAUUAGUAGCUUCCAAUGCUGUGGCAACAGCAUGGCAGGUCCAGAAAGACAUAGUAUGAUGUGCUGGAGCUCCAGCUGUCUGCUCAGAGCCUGAUCUCAUCCCUACUGCAUGUAUUCUCGAUGAAUUAGAAUGUUGACUGUGAGCCAGGACAUCUGACUCUGACUGAAUGGCCAAAAAUUCCAGCAGACAAGCCUGUUGCGAGGCACCUUCAGUAUUAAUGGUUGUGGUGUUAAUAUGGGUUGUCUGACAAGCUCACAGUUAGAGGUGUCCACAUAAUUUUGGCCAUAUAGUGAACAUUAAUUUGACAAAAGAAGAGAAGAAACACUAUAUAGACAGCAACAUAGACGACUCAUCUGGCGGUGCAGAUAGAGUACAGCUGGUGACUUCUCUGUGCUCAUAUAAAUAGGGUUAAAUUCUCUGCCACCAUUAGACUGAGCCUCCAGCAUUACGAUGGGGAAGUUUAGGAAGCUCUGAAAAGAGCCUGGUCAUAGAUAUAUACAUCAGAAAUGUUUCUUGGCACUGAUUCUAGACAACAGGUCCCAAGAUUAUGUGUACAAAUACUGCGUGGAACAGUGGUCACCUUAUGUUGAGAGAAAAUUGUCCAAGUGGUCAGAUGAAUUCCAAGAAUCACCCUCCUCCCCGAAGAACAGGUCUGCCAUGAAUAAGAAGCUAUUAAAACAUAAAACAUGAUUGGCACUGCCCACGGUCAAGCAAGUUUGAUGCUGUCAAGGGCCAAGAAGCAAAAAAAGGAGCUCAUGCUGUGCAAGAUCGGCAUCGUGAAGCUCGAGUGAAAAAAAGGCAUUUAAACCCAACAACACCGUACCUACUACCAGGUAUGAGGUAUGGUGGUGGUAGCAUUAUACACUAGGGCUGUUCUGCUGCCACUGGAAUUGGAAUAUUGCUAAAAUCCAUUGCUAGAAUCCUUUCCAGAAUACAUAAAUGGAUUCUAUUCUGUUCAAAAAUAUGUGGACUGUACUGGAAAUGUCAAGCCUAAUUCUCUUAAGUAAAGUGGUGAAAGAUCCAGCCAGAGUUUUACCAGGACCUCCCAAACUCCCUGACCCAGUGCGCCUUACAAGUGUCUGUAAACCUUCGAGCUCCACACCUGAGCUGCAAUUGAGGGGAGAGAACAGUGCUUAAUGUUCAUAGUCUCCAUGAGAACGUCUCGUCAUCUCCAUGAGAAUUAUUCUACCCCUUUUAUUUCUUUGCCGCCUCUCUCCGUGUUCUCUUGCGUUAAUCAGUUUCCCAGAUGAUUCCCAGCCAUUUAAGUUCCAGACCACCGCCAGGGUCAAAGGUAGUCGUGUAUCUGUUAAAACUAAAGCUAAAAUAGAGCUCCUCAGUGUAAAUCUUGGGUAAAAAGUGUGUAAAGUGUUACCACCAGUCUUCUAGCUAACUCUGAGCUUGAGAAUUCAACAGUUGUCAUACUGGAAUAAGUCUGUAUGUCUUAGACACUGUCUGUAUAAGUGAAUAAUAAUAGGACAUAAUUGUUCCUUUAAAUCGUGAUUAGUAACUGGCAGGCCGGGCGUCUAUACGGACACCGAUAGGCUUGUCUGAUAGAGGGAGGGAGGAUCGGAGGGGAUUCCUCAUAACUGCUGAAAUCACGACCUCUGCUGGCUGUUCGAUGGCGCCUGCACAAUAACACGGGGGAUAAUGGAGAUCAGAGUUUGGCUCUCUGUGCACGAUACGGAUCUCCGUAUAAACCCGUCCAUUCGGGUGAAAAGAAGCUGUAGGUACUGCACACAUGUUGAAGGGUGUGUGUGUUAGUCACAGCCCUUCUCAGUCAGGAGUAGAGGUCUGCAGCAGUGGAGGAGAAAUACUACUGGGUAAUUGGAUAGAUUGGAUGGGAUGCCAUGGAGGCGCCAGGCGCACCUACAAGAAAUGAAAAUGAACCCAAUUCGCAGGAUGGUUCGCUUACGUAGAACAAACCCUGGCUAUAUAUCCACAAACUAACAAGGUUACAGAGAUACAUUCUAGUUAUCCAUUUAAACAACCAUGAUUUAGGUUUGACACCCAAACUGUGAAGCAUGCUGGUGGGAGCAUCAUGGCAUGAGGCUGUUUUGGUGCCUUAGGACCUGGAGAGCUUAAUUCAAAAUAGUAUCAAAACAUUUCACAAGUGCCCAGGAUAUUCAAGUGCCCAGGAUAUUCCACUAGCACACCAGCACCGAGAUUCUAAACUCCUCAGUUCGAAACUAGGCGUUGCCACCGGUCGGCUGGGCGCCAUCUAGCAGGCAUAAUUGACAGUGCCUGCAGCAGACACUAACUGGCCACCGUGUCUGCUAGGGCGGGACGACCGGACUAUGCGGGUGGGAUCUUCAUACGCUGUGCAAGGACCCUGAUUGGGCAAGAAGAGGAGGGCUGUGCACGUGCCGGAGGAGACGUGACAAGCAACAUGCUCUCCUUGGAUGCAAUCAGGUAUCCUCCAGCAGCGGAAGACAAACUGACUAUGCUAAAUCAGGAGAAAAUGCAUAAAAAAAAAAUACAGGUUUGUAACUGGGCUGGUUGCGUCAUGCCAUGGAGGUGCCAGGCGCACCUACAAGAAAUGAAGAUGAACCCAAUUCGCAGGAUGGUUCGCUAAGGUAGAACAAACCCUUCUAGUUACCCUUUGACAUCCAAACUGGGGCGGCACUGUGGCUAAGUGGGUAGCACAGCAAGAAGGUCCUGGGUUCGAUCCCCAGGUGGGGCGGUCUGGGUCCUUUCUGUGUGGAGUUUGUAUGUCCUCCUCGUGUCCUCGUGGGUUUCCUCCAGGUGCUCCGGUUUCCUCCCAUAGUCCAAAGACAUGCAAGUGAGGUGAAUUGGAGACACAAAAAUUGUCCUAGACCGUUUUUGAUAUAACCUUGUGAACUGAUGAAUUUUGUGUAAUGAGUAACUACCGUUCCUGUCAUGAGUGUAGCCAAACUGUGAAGCAUGACGGCGGGAGCAUCAUGGCAUGAAGCUGCUUUGGUGCCUUAGACCUGGAGAGCUUAAUUCAAAAUAGCAUUAAAACACUUUACAAGUAAAUGUCAAGGUAUCUGGGCCACAACAGACACAGAAGUAGCAAAAAAACGUUUUUAAUGUUUUAUUUUUGUUUGUUUUAGCUUUUGUGCUCCAGUCAUUCAGUCACGACUUUAAUUUAACUUACAGAGAACAGUUCCCAUCCAAGCUCCACCUCUACAUCUCACUUAAAUUUGACGUUUCUUUUUGUACGAUCUUGAUUUGAAGGACUAUACCGGUCACCCAACCUAAAAACCCUGUCUCUCUUACACCCCACAUGGUUUUGUGUUGGUAUGCAGUAUUUUGGGGACCUGACUCUGUCCACUUUGUGUUCGGAAUGAGCUGUAGUCUAACCUAUGCAUGCUUCCUAGAGCGCUCGCUCUUUUAUCGGAUCGUCUAUUUACCAAACGUCUUGAUAUUGUGCUCGGAUCGGUCGUUAGCGUAGAUCCUCUGAGGUUAAAAAGUGAAAUUAUUUAUAGGGUGCAUCCUCGUCUUCCAUAUGAGCAAACAUUGUGCUGAUAAUGUAGCCGGUGAACAUGUUCGCUUCCUUCAGUCUUCGAGGAACGGAUGAAUGAAUGAAUAAAUCUGUAGCUGUCAUUACAAUAAACAUUCCAUUACAGAUGUUUACAUAUGGGAUAGUGCAGAGGUUCUUUGUUGGUUUUGAACUUGGCUUAAACGAGUGGGUUUUUUUAAAGGGCUUCCUGUACCAACCCCUCCCGGAUCUUAAGUUUUUACUAUGCAAAGGCCAAAGCGAGUGGACAGCAGAGCAACGGAAUGCAAACCGAGGACGACGGGAAGGUCAGCCGAUGGAUGUCGAUGGAUGUUUUUGCAUGUUUGUGUUUAGAAUGAAUAAAAUGAGAAAAUUUUCAAAA